ACAUAAUUCCAUAGAGUACUAACAAGAAUCUUAAUUUUGUCUGUGGUUGUUUGACAGAGUCUUUCACUUUAGUGUUCCGUGUUUGUAAAGACGUUUUAAGGACGUCAUGCCUUUCGCGCGCUAUGUUGAGCCAGGGCGCGUCGCCCUGGUAGCUGAGGGUCCCUUGAAGGGAAAACUUGUCAGUAUCGUGGACAUCAUUGACCAAACGCGUGCCCUAGUAGAUGGACCCGGCAGUGGAGUCCCACGUCAAAAGAUCCGCCUUAACCAACUGCAUCUUACAAAAUUCCGUCUUAGCUACCCCUUCACAGCCCCCACACGUGUUGUAAGGAAAGCAUGGACUGAAGCUAAAUUAAAUGAAAAAUGGGCUGAAAGCCAAUGGGCACAGAAGCUUGCAAAUAAAGAGAAGCGUGCACAGAUGACUGACUACGACAGAUUUAAACUCACAUCAGCCCGCGUCAAGAGGAACCGUGCUAGAACAGCUGUAUUCAAGAGCUUGAAGGUCAAAGCUGCAAGGAGUGGUGCUUUCGGAAAGAGAAACGUCCCGAAAUCAGCAGCAAAGAAACCCCGUACGAAAAAGGCACCCGCUGCUAAACCAGCAAAGAAGUAAUUCUAAUUUUGUGCUCUAAAUAACAUGUGUUAAAUAUGCAGGACAAUCAUAAUAAAGAAUUACUUUUAGCUGAA